GGUAGGAGAGCGGCGCGAAGAGAGGGCGGACAAAUGCUUAAUUCGGUUACCGGUGCAGUGUUGACCACACCGUCGAUGCAAUCAGUGCCCAACAAUGUUCCCCCAUGUUAAAUGACAGCUUGGCAUUGGUGAAAUUAUUAGUCAUACUUCUAUCAAAAUGGACAUGUUUACUGAAACUUAACUACUGAAGGUCCAAUUCACUUUGAAUCGACUUGAUGUAGCUCAUCUCUCCUGCCAAAAUGUCAAAGAGUCAGAACAUAAUUGGUUAUGCUAAAAAGGUUCAUUUUCAAGAUGCAAAUGUUAAUCUUCCUGCACCAGAGAAGUCUCAUGUUGUUCAAAUAGAACUCGAGAAACUGGGCCAAAUUCCAUAUGGUACAAUACAUUUAGGAAGGGAUCAGAAAAUUAAGCAGGAUGUGGAAACCUGUCAAAGUAUCGAGUGGCAAGGUAUAAGAUUGCAGUCUCAACAGCAGAUUUUGGGUGAUGCUCCAUCUUGUAAAGUCAGCACUGCAACAAGUGAUUUACCUUUCUCUGAAACUGGACAGCAAAACCAGCCAUCAUCAAGUGUUAAGAAACUAGUUGGUCCACAAAAGACCAGUAACAUUUUAACUGCCUUUGGCCUUUCAUCUAAGGAUCUGGAUGAAGUGGAGAGCUAUCCUUCAGACAAGCUAACACUUGAUUCUUUGCCAAAGAUUCUUAAGCAGAUUAAAAAGAAAAGAGCAUCUUUGAAACACAUUAAAGGUGAUAGUUCUCCACAACAAAGCCAGUCCAACAGGAUUCCCCGUGAUGAUGGAAUUGGAGAAAAAAAGUCAACAGAAAGGAGUUCAGAAAGUCAGGACACAGUGUGCAAACCUCUGGUCAAUUAUGGAUAUGAUCUUUCCUCUGGAGAGUCAAGUGCUGGAUCUGAACAGGAAGGAAAAAGUGGUGAGGCUUUCCAUAAAAAAGAGAGGCAUUUUUCUGAAUCACCACAUCAUGUAAGUAAAUUCGAUUCCGAUUCUGAAUCCGAAAUUGAUUACGAAGUAGUUGAGGAGCUUCCUUUUCCAUGUGCAGAAGAACAAUCUGUCCUUGAGAAAAAGCGGAGAACUCCGAUUCUGCAAAACAUAAAGGAUUUUCUUGGUUAUUUGCCAGUGGUACUCCCACACUGUUGUUCACUUUGUGACAAAACAAUUGAUACUCUGCAGGAUUGGAAUCAGCAUAUGAAUGAUCCAUUACACAAGCUACGUUGCCUGUUACUUCAGAGAGUCUACCCAGAUUGGGUUCCUGGAGAAUUACCAGUUGCAAAGAAAAAUCUAGUUGAGAAAGACAAGGUUACAACUGUUGUACUCAAAAAAAAGGUGAAGAUGAAAAGCAAUGCAGAUAUUCCUAUGCCAAGCAAACGAGAAAGCCUGAAAGACCCACAUAGUAGAAUUGUGGUACUUGGCAAUCUGCCUUCAUCUGGUUUUUCAGACUUUGAUACUGUGAGACUUGGUUCUACUUUUGGAAGAGUACUCAAGUACCUAAAAGUGGGGGAAAAGGCUUUCUUGAAAAUGGAUUCAGAGAUGGCCUGCAAUAACAUAAUUGAACACUUCAAGAAAAAACCUUUGUUCUAUGGUAGAUUACUGUCUGCAGAAAUAUCCUCUGCUCAAAUUCAACCAUUGUUAAAGAAACCGUCUGCAAAGAUUGAAGAAAUGUUGAAUAAAGUAAAUCAGGCUGAUAUGAGUACAAGAGAAUGUUUUCUCGGCCCUAUCUUGAAGGAUAAACCUGAUAAUUUGAAGAAGCACCUGACAUCUGAAAGAGAGAGAAAGAGCUCUGAAAGUAGUGAGAGGGAAGAGUCGAAGAGCUCUGAUGAAAGCAAUGAAGCAGCAGAGUGGAAAAGUACUGGAGGCAAUGAGACAAUGCAGCCAAGAAACCGUGAAAGGGUGCAUGGGCUAAGUCAUGAAAUAAUGGAGCGCCAAAGGCGCAUGAGAAGAUUGCAGAGGGGUGAUCCAGAAAGGUUAAUGUGGAGGGAUAGCUUUGAAAGAGAUGAGCCGUGGGAUGGUUGUGAGAGAGAGCGCAGAACUAGUCAUGAAAGGGGGCAGCAAAGAGGUAGUGUUGAAAGAGAAGAACAGAGAAGCAGUAGUGAAAGAGGAGACCAUGGGGACAGUGGUGAGAUUGGGGAAUGGAGAGCCUGUAGUGAGAGAAGAGAACGAAGAGACAGUAGUGAAAGUGGAGUCCAGGGAGGCAGCAGUGAGAGAGCCAUGUGGGUAAGGGGUAGCGAGAGAGUAGAGGGAGCAUGGGGAGUUAGCAAUGAGAGGGGAGCGUGGGGAGUCAGCAGUGAGAGGGGGGAGUGGGGAGGCAGCAGUGAGAGGGGCGAGUGGAAAAGCGGUGGCGAGUGGGGAGGCAGCAGUGAGAGAAGGGAGUGGAGAGGAGGCAGCGAGAGGGGUGAGUGGAGAAGUGACAGUGAGUGGGGCGAAUGGGGAGACAGCAGCGAGAAGGGUGAGUGGGGAGGCAGUAGCGAGAGGGGUGAAUGGGGAGGCAGCAGUGAGAGAGGGGAAUGGAGAAGUGGCAGUGAGAGAGGAGAGUGGGGAAGUGGCAGUGAGAGGGGGGAAGGAGAAAGAUCUGAGAGCAGAGAAAGAGAAUGGGAAAAUGAUGAUGCUAUAGAGAGUGCAGAAUGGGAACAUUACAAAAGCUGUAUCUCCAAGGACAUAAAGGAUCCUGAACUGAACAAUGAUGUAGAAAUGAAAUCAGAGAAAGUUCGAGAGGAAACUCCUAUUCCAUUUUUAGAGAGUGACACAGAACUUGAAGAUCUAAUGGAAAAGUAUGAAUCAGAUGACGAUGAGGCUGAACUAGAGGAUACGCAGUACGAAGCCAAGGAGGCAAUAGAAACAACUGAAAAUCAAGCUGUUGCAGAAAUGGAUCUACAAGAACCAAUAUCUUUGAAGAAUAAAACUGAAGAGCCUGGACGUGUAGUUUACGUUGGUCACUUGGUGCCAGGCAGAUGUAAGAAUGGUGAUUUAAUCCACCUUGCUGAACUAUUUGGGAAGAUUAGUAAUAUUUUGCUAAUCAAAAGGAAGGGUGAGGGAUUUGUGGAAAUGUACAACAGUGCAGACGCUCAAGCCAUGGUGAGGUUUUACAAAGCAAAACCACCUGUUAUUCGAGGCAAGGUCAUCAGAGUGGAAUUGUGCCAGAAGUAUAAGAAGUUGCAUUUGAAGUUUCCUGGAAUGAAACCAGCUGGUGAUUCCAUGUCUUCUUUUGGAGUACCUCAGCGGAGACAGUUUGGUGCCCCUCAAGAUAUGCCUGAGCCUGAAGAAGACAUAUUAGCACCAACAAGCACCCCAACUUUAGCUGAGCUUAGAGCUAAAUAUUCAACACAGCUUCUGAGGUGGGCCAAUGUACCACUUGAGGAUAACAUGCCAACUAAAGAUAAGAGGUGGAAUCCACAGACCUAUGAAGGGAAAGAACUUGACUGCUUCAGAUUCUUACCAUAUGCUUUCAAAGUUUCAAUGUUAGAUACGCACGAACAAUACUUACGGAGUAUUACUGGGACUCCUGAUAUGUAUGAGCUAGACACACCCAAGAUAGAUGAUGCAUUUAUUCAACUCCUGGUGGGUGAGAAAGUUGUAAGUUCACGUGAUGAUCUGGACAAGAAGCUGGGUGAACCAGAGAGGGUAUUAUGUAAGGCACAGUCAAAAGUAGCAGAAAUAGUAGGUCCACUUAUGCUUGCGAUACAGAAAUACGAAUUGGAUGAAUUGUCUGGAGAAUUAGAUUCUCUUACUACUGAACAAUUAAUAGAGAGACUGCAGUCAACAAUAAUUUCAUGUCAUCAAUCGAUUGUAUGUGCUGGACAAACUCACCGGUGGUUGACUGGCCUUCGGACUGAGAAUUUGUUGCAGUUAUUCAAAUUUGGCAAGACUUCUAUAAAACCACAAGACUAUCCAAAUUUGACAUCAUCUGACCUACUGGGUGCUGAACUUGUGGAACAAAUACAAAAGAAAGGUGAAGUUUUGAAGCGUGUGACCACCAUACCACCAUUGAAGAAAAAAACACCCAUCAAUGUAUUCAAGAAGAAAAAAGUUUUCCAAAAACAGCAGAGGUGGCAACAACCAUAUUAUCGUAAUCCAAAGCCAUUCAGAGGCCGUGGAAGAUCAUUUCGAGGACAUCCCCGAGGACACCCUAUCUUUUAGGACAGAUACAUUUCUUAACACCAGCAAGAACGAGAUGAAAUCUACUGGUUUGUAGCAAAAGGAUACCGUCCCCCUUUGUGAUUGUUUUAGACAGUUCUGUCAGUUGAAUAAACUUAAAAUUAGAAUAAAAAAUGUUUUUCUUGGAUUUAUUGUUAAAGAAGUAGGAAUUUUAAAUUUACCAUUCUUCCAUUGUUCUUCAGCCAAAUUGGUGGGUUGAUGAUCAAUUCUGCACAUACAUUUUGUCUGAGACAGUUGGGUGACUUAAUUUGUGGCCUCUGCUAGUGCUCUGGAACUAGUUCCAAACCUUCUGGAGUAAUUGUUCUUGGCUCUUGGCAACUCCUCCCAAGACAUGGGUGAGAUUGUCUACUUUGAUCCUAUCUUUUGAAUGAGACCCAACUCAAUGAUGUUUCCUGUACUGAAUUCUAUUUCUUACCAUUGUAUUGUGAUGUGAUCAAAAUAAAUGCUCAAUGUGACAAAAAUAAGAACAUGUCCAUAAUUAAUCUAUGAACAUUGGCAUAUUUUAUUCUGGGAAAAGAGUUUUAAUCUUGUUCACUUGGCUUAUGGAAUUCAGCAAUGAAAAUAUGGAUUAUUGUACUAAUGCAGAUUAUGUUGCUGCAAUGACUGGUACUUCCAUCAAGAUAUGUUAAU